AUGAGUAAAUCGGCUAUCGAAUCCUGGCUUUCAUCGGCCGGGGCAGAGCAAGAAAAUGGUGAACCUAUUUCAGGAUACGUUUGGCAAAGGGAUCGCGUUUCGCAGGAUUGGGAAAAGUCGAUGGAGUUUGCGAGGAAUGUAUUGUUGGAGAGCAGAACGAGUGUAAGAAGCAGAUUCUUGAAGGAGGAAUUGUUUCCGUUGGCGAAGCACGGAGACUUGAACUUGGAGCAAAUACUAGAUGUAUUCAAACUCUUGACUCUUACAUAUCCACGUUAUGCAGAUUCGCCAUCGCGAGCAGCAGUUGAGGCAGUCGGAAUGGAGAUGGCUCGGAGGGAUGAACUACGUGGAACCGAAAACGGUGCAAAAGAUGAUCAAAAAAUGGGAGUGGCAGAGCAGAUCUUAGGUUGGCUUUCAAACGAGGUCUCUCAACUUGUCAAUCGUGGGUCAUCUAGCUCCUAUGCACCCUCCAACCUCUAUGUUUUGCUCAGUUGGUGCUGCGGGUUAUUCACCGUAUGUGUCGAGACCAAUCCCACUUUCGCGGAAUCUCAGUCGUGGAACUCGAUGCUUUCGUCUAUGGCGACGCUAUUAGACAUGUUAUCCAGCUCUCAGCAGGCGAAACCCUCUCUAAAAAACGGUGGUCUAGUGGUUGUCCGCCGUGCUCUCCGAUCGGCCGGUGAUAAUGUGCUCACAAUUAUCUCUACCCUAUUAUCCCUUUCAAAGGCCGGAGAGUUCCCUCUUCGUUUCAUCCCACUGAUAGGUGUUUCUGUCAGUGUGCUGAUACGACUGAAAACCAUCGAAAUAGCACCUCUGGAACGUCUUCCCGUUCAUCUGAAAAAGGAGCUCGUGUCAUUGUACACGAGCUCUGUCCUCGCGUCGAAAAUGUCUGUACCUCCGCACGUUCUGAGUGCUCUGAGUGACCCGAUACAUGUAUAUUUCGUUGAAGACGAUCUCUUGACUGCGGUGCUACCGACUGCGGAGAAGGCCCUUCUUCGAGCCCCAGAAUACUCGCUUGAUGUGUUAACUCACUUCUUCAAAUUCUACAAUCAUCGAAUAGAUGACGACAUCUUUAAACGUGUUGUCUCACAAGCAGUCAACUGCUCCAAGUCUAGCAAUCCUGUCAUUCGUGCAAGCUCGAUUUCCUUAUUUCAUACCCUCGUUGCGAAGGACAACACGGAGAACAGUCUUCGUCUUGCCGUCACCGAGAUACUAGCCCUUCCAAAAACCGGCAAGACGACAGGCCCGGAUCAUAGGAUUGCCUUGUUUGCAAUGGUCGCCAGUAUACCUCCGUCGAACGAACUUUCUCUGUCUGUUUUGGAGACUGCAACUCCCUUGUUAUCUAAAGAAACCCACGAAGGAGCCGUAGCUGUCAUCGCGAAAUCCCUAGCACCCCACAUGGGGCACCUCCUCAAGAGCGAUAUUCCAGUCCCGAAAGAUGUAGUCGCAUUGGUAGCAAAGGAGAUGGGUAACUUGAAGCCUCACAUGAAGAGGGCGUUCUCUGUUCUUGCUGGCGGUGCGAUAUGGGACUCACAAACUCAAGGGGAUGAAAAGAUCUCCAAGGCCGCUUUGGACUUUGGGAAGGCGGUGUUACCUUAUUUCGAGGCUAAUUUGAAAAAUGUGUCGUCUAAUGUUACUUCCGGGCCCUUAGAGGCUUACGUAGCACUCGCGAUCCUAUUAGGGCCAUUCUCAAGACCUGGAAUGUUUGGUGAUGUGGUCUCGAAGAAUGCGGUAGUGCAGUCGGUGGGGACCGGUUCAAGCAAACCGUCUUUCUUGGUGUGGGAAAAGGUUUAUCAGAAAAUCAUCGAUGCGGAAGAAGAGAGGUGGUUGUUGAGAGCUGCUGAUGCUGCAUUACUUUUUUUCAAGAAGGAACUGCAACAAAACGAAACUUUGAGGAUGCAGCUGGGAUUAGUUUUCCUACAUCUCGCAGUCAAUGGUGUAUCAUCAGAAGUCAGACGAAGUACUCUCCAUGUUCUGGAAGCAACCACCGUUUUACACCCACAGCUGGUCAACAAAAUGAUCCACGAUGCAGUGAAAGGCUUCCUGGCACGUUCGUCAACAACUAGCGAGAACCUGUCAACACAAAAUGCCCGGAUGUCCAGCUUUCUCCUUAGUUCUGUGCCCUCCAAUCUUGAGAUUGACAUCGAGACACGAGAGAACGUUGUAGUUGAGACAUUAAUCAUUGGUCACCAUCAACGGGUUUGUGGAGAUUCUCGGCAGACAUGGAUCGAUAUAAGCCAGAAAGCAUCCUGCGACCCUCGAGAGUUGGUCGAAAGAAAUUUGGAUAAAUUGAUCCAACUCAUCCUUGACUCUUCUUCUCCGGAUGCACCGGCGGGGUUCUCAGAUGCAGCCUAUCGAAGUAUCACGACACUGGCCUUCGUAGCAUCCGAUGUUGUUCUCCCUCGCGUCAUGGACCAGUUAAAACAGGACAUCAACCAAGAUGCCAUCAACUCUCUAACGGAGUUUGAGUUCGGAGUUUGGUCUACGCCAGAAGGAACAACCUACGUGGAUGUUUUGUCUAGGACGAAAGAUGAUGCUCAACCACGUAAGGGAAAGGGCGCCGAGAUCGCUCAAUGGGAGGCAGAUAUUAGGAGAUCCCUGGCAAACAAAAAGGCUGCAACCACAGCCACGCUUACGAAACAACAGCUAUCGGCUGUGAACGCUCAACUCACGAAAGAAGCAGAGAUUCGAAAGCGAGUGGCAUUAAUCAAGUCGAGGUUAGACCGCGGACUCCAUUUCGUGAGGUGUGUUAUAAACGCAUCAGUUCCGGAAUUUCGCACGUACAUUUCGACUGUCGUCGGCUUACUCUUGGACGGCGCACUGGGAAAGGGGUCCCUUCUUUCUGGACCUACAGCAUUGGAGAUAUAUCUUGAACUCGCAAAAUGUUGCUCAGAACGUCUAGAUACCUUCCGCAAGUGGAUUGGAAUAUCUGUGCUUCGAUGCCUUCGACCAAACGUCAUUCCGGAGGAGUUACGAGCGGAACCUCUCAGCCAGCUCGUUCUUCGUGUCUUGCACCGUGUUCGUUAUGUGUCGGAGCAUGCACCCUUCGACUCAUCAACCUUCUCCUACAUAUUUCCUCUCCUUCAUCAUGUGGUUCUAGAAGGAGGCGUCCCUACGGAAGACCCCGAAGAAAUACUGGAACAAUUAACAUUGGCCCAGGACAUCGUCAGAUUUCACUGUGGAGAAUUCUCCGAUCUUAGUUUCCCCCGCGUGUACACGAUCCGCCUUCUCAUCCACCUUAUUCGCCUUCAACCUAAGCUAAGCAAAGAAGCGUCCUCCUCCUUGAUCGAAUUAGGGGAAGCCAUCCGAGGCUCGGCGUUAAGGGAGGAAAUCGACACUCUUCUACAAGGUACUCUUCACCAGGAGGUAUAUGUCCGGAACUCCUGCCUUCAGACCUUACAGCCUUUCGACUUAACGGACCUCGAUUGGUCGCCAGAAUUAUGGAUUGCUUGUCAUGACGAAGACGAACAGAACGCACGGUUGGCCCGUCACAUAUGGGAAGACAAUGUCUUAGAUGUACCUCAAUCCUUCCUUGACCAGUUGUUGAAGUUCCUGGAACACGACAAUCUCUAUGUUCGCUCCAGUGAUGCUGCUGCUAUUGGAGAGGCUGUCGAAACUUGGCCGCAGAGUCUCAAAGAUACGAUUACCGCUUUGCGAGAAUAUUACAGAGAUAAGGCUAAAAUCCUUGCACCAGAAUACGACGAAUAUGGUAUGGUAAUUGCACAGAGCUUAGAACGUUCCGAUCCAUGGCAGGCGCGUGCUGCAACGGCCGCAACCUUUGAAUCUUUAGCUCCCCACUUUACAGAAUCCGAGGUGCCACUCUUCUUCCGAUUCCUCAUCGAAGAUGAAGCUCUCGGUGAUCGUGACUCUCAAGUCCGUAGAACUAUGCUUUCCGCUGGUACCACCAUUAUCGACCUUCAUGGUGCCUCCUGUAUCGCUUCGCUCGUGGCGAUGUUCGAAGAGCAUCUCAGCAAACCGAGUCCUGCUACCGAGGCCGCUGAUCAGAUAAAGGAGGCAGUUGUCAUCUUCCUUGGAAGAGUAGCACGCCAUCUUGACCCUUCAGACACUCGUAUAUCGUCGAUCGUCGAUCGUUUGGUACAUGCCCUCAAGACGCCAUCCGAACAAGUUCAGAUUGCGGUUUCUGAGUGCCUCUCACCUUUGGUCAAGGUCAUGAGGCCAAAGGUCGCGUCGCUUGUUGACAGCUUGUUCGAUGACUUGCUGAACUCUCCGAAAUACGGUACACGGCGUGGAGGUGCUUAUGGACUGGCCGGCGUUCUCCGUGGAACGGGGAUUGCCGGAAUGAAGGAAUUCAACACGAUCAGGCGUCUGAGAGAAGCCACCGAGGAAAAGAAGCGGUAUGAGCCCCGACAGGGUGCCAUGUUUGCCUUCGAAACUAUGUCGAGUACACUUGGUCGUUCAUUCGAGCCCUACAUUGUCUAUGUCCUGCCUCUGCUUCUUUCCUCCUUCGGAGAUUCAUCUACGGAUGUCCGGGAGGCUACUCAAGAUGCUGCUAGAGUGAUCAUGAGUCGCCUAUCGGCAUACGGAGUCAAGCUCAUCUUACCCUCACUUCUAUCUGGCCUGGACGAGAAACAGUGGCGGUCUAAAAAGGGAUCCAUUGAAUUAUUAGGAAUGAUGGCAUAUUGUUCUCCCCGACAGCUCUCUGUCUCUCUCCCUAUCGUUAUCCCCCGGUUGACUGGCGUCCUAACGGACUCGCAUGCUCAGGUCCGCACUGCAGCGAACAAGAGCUUGAAGCAAUUUGGUGAAGUUAUCAGCAAUCCAGAGAUCCAGUCGCUUGUUCCUGUGUUGUUGAAGGCGUUGGUCGACCCAGCCAAGACACCAAAUGCUCUUUCUGGACUGUUGAAGACCUCUUUCAUGCACUAUAUCGAUCAUUCUUCUUUAGCAUUAGUCAUUCCUAUUGUCGAUCGUGGGUUGAGAGAGCGAGGAGCUGAAACCAAGAAGAAAGCUGCUCAAAUUCUCGGAAAUUUGGCGUCUCUAACAGACUCAAAAGACUUCAUUCCCUACCUUUCGCAGCUUUUACCCCUGGUACAUGUUGUUCUGGUUGACCCGGUACCAGAAGCCCGGGCAACGGCUGCCAAAGCUCUCGGGACCCUCGUGGAACGCCUCGGAGAAGUCAACUUCCCAGAUCUCGUCCCCGGACUCCUCCGCAUCCUCAAAACUGAUACAUCAGGUGUAGAUCGACAAGGAGCAGCUCAAGGUUUGAGCGAAGUCCUAUCUGGGCUCGGAAUGGAGCGUCUUGAAGGUCUGCUCCCUGACAUUAUUGUCAAUGCUCAAUCGCCUCGUGCCACUGUCCGCGAAGGGUUCAUGUCACUCCUUGUCUUCUUACCAUCGACGUUCGGCACCCGAUUCCAACCGCACCUCCCGAAGAUUAUUGCCCCCAUUCUCAACGGUCUUUCAGAUACCGAGGAGUACGUACGUGAUGCCGCUAUGAGAGCUGGGCGAAUGGUUAUUACAAACUAUUCUAACAAAGCAAUUGACUUGUUAUUGCCAGAACUGGAACAAGGCAUGUUCAAUUCAGGAUGGCGUAUUAGGCAUGCUUCUAUCACCCUUGUUGGAGAGCUUAUGUUCAAAGUAUCUGGAAUAUCCGGGAAACCAUCCGAUGUGGAUGAAGCGGAGGAAGCUGAAGCUGCGACCGCAGAAUCCUCUCGUCGUGCACUCACUGAGGUGCUUGGUGUAGAGCGCCGUGACCGUCUAUUGGCGUACCUCUAUUUGAUCAGGCAAGACGGUGUUGCUAAUGUUCGUCAAGCGUCAAUCCAAAUUUGGAAGGCAUUGGUUAGCAAUACUCCUCGAACAGUUCGCGAGAUUCUUCCCGAGCUUGUCAAUCAGAUUAUAUCCCUGAUACCCAGCGAAGAAUUCGAGCAAUCGGAGACCGCCGGAAGAACGAUUUCAGAACUCUGUCGUAAAUUCGGUGAACGUAUUGUUGGGGAAAUUAUGCCUAUCCUUCGCUCCAAAGUCUCGUCGACAGUUUCAAGAUCACGAGAGGGUGUAUGUUUGGCCUUGUGUGAAAUCAUGGAGAACACAACAGAUACACAAAGAGAAGAUCACGAAGACGAAAUUAUUUCGAUGGUCCGGAUUUGCCUUGUGGACGACGAGGCAAAUGUUCGCUCCGCCGCAGCAAAGGCAUUCGAUAUCCUACAAGAAUAUAUUGGUGCUAAAGCCAUCGAUCAGACUAUACCUACUCUUUUGGAAGCCCUUCGUCAGCCCGGAAAAGGUUCGGGGACUGCUCUGGAGGCUUUGAGAGAAGUAAUGAGUGUCCGGGCUUCCACUGUCUUCCCUGUUCUCAUACCUACCUUGACGGCCAUUCCAAUGACUGUGUUCAAUGCUCGCGCAUUGGCGGCACUUGUAGCGGUAGCUGGUGAUGCUCUGAGCAAGCGUCUUACGGUUAUCUUGAAUUCUCUUGUCAAGGUCGUCGAAGAAGAGAACGAGGAUGAAGAACUGAAAGCUGCGGUGGACGAGGCUUUACGCGCCCUGUUGGGUUCAAUCAAUGAUUCCGAGGGUCUUAACACUUUGAUGAUGACUCUCCUCGGAUGGACAAAACAUGAUUCUCCCCAGCGUCGUGUCAGUGCAUUCGACUUUUUCGGCCUGUUCUGUGAAGAGUCGGAGAUGGACUCGUCUCUUUACCGAGUCGACUGGAUACGACAACUAAUCUCCUCAAUGGAAGAUACCAAUACCGAAGUACACACUGGUGCUCAACGUGCUCUCGACACCUUUGUCAAAUCCGUUCCCAAAGACGAACUUGAACCUCUCGUCGUCCCACUCCGCCGCACCAUCGAAUCAACUGGUAUCCCGGGUCAACACGUCGAUGUUCCAGGAUUCAGUCUUCCCAAAGGCAUUGCACCUACUGUUCCCAUUAUCAUUGCUGGUCUUACGACAGGCAGCAAUGAACAACGCGAGGCUGCAGCGUACGCUAUCGGAGACCUCGCCGAAAGGACGUCCCCAGAUUCAUUCAAACCCUUCGUUGUGCCAUUCACCGGUCCUCUUAUUCGUGUUGCGACCCAAGCAACAACAUAUCCUCCCGCUGUCAAGACUGGUAUAUUAAGCGCUUUGAUGAGUAUGCUGGAGAGGAUCCCGCAGUUUGUUAAACCAUUUUUCCCCCAGCUGCAGAGAACGUUCAUGAAGAGUGCGAGCGACCCUGCUUCGAUUAAUGUUAGGAAUAAAGCGGCUGCAGCUCUCGGUGUCUUAAUGCGUAAUCAGCCAAGAGUGGAUCCAGUGGUGACGGAGCUGAUCAGUGGUGUCAAGGCCGCAGACGACUCCAUUGCUGCUAGUUUGACAUUGGCUCUUUCCAAGGUUGUAGAAGGUGCGGGCACAAAUGUAGGGGACAAGGCUAGAGAGGCUUGUGUUGAACUUGUCGCCGAAGCCUUCAGAGACAAGAGCUACGAUGAAUCAUAUGCCCCAUCUGUAGCUGCACUGUUUGUUUCUCUCUCCACCUUUCCUGAAUUGCUGAGACCAGUGAUAGAAACCUAUCUCGUGGCCGGUACUUCGCCCAGCGUCAUGUCAUCUCAUGUUCUUCUCAGAGUGAUCGAAACAUGGUCAGAUGCGCCUGAAAGAGGUGAAAAUAUUCUCGACAAGCUUGGACUGAUGUCGAGCAUUGCAAAAAAGGUGCAAGAAAGCGCUGCUAGCGAUAGACCCGAUAUAGGAAGGCCUGCUAGAGAGGCAAGAGACCUGUUACGCAAUUUGAUAUAG